ACAAAGCUUUCAAAAAUAUGUAGCCCAUAAUUUAAAUAGAUAAAAAUCAACACUUGUAGAACACUUACUUAAAAACAUUAUCUUUGAGCUAAAGUUGUUGUUCGCAUUCAAAUUAAAUGCUGCCACAUUUGUUUUCUGCAAAUUACGCUUAAUAUUUCUAUUAAAAGGUAGCAAAUAUCAAUUGACUUUUCAAUCAAGUUUUAGAGCUUUCUAAGAGCAACAAAUGAAACAUAAUUUUCCAUAAGUCAAUUUUAAUAUUGCUGCAAGAAUAAGUCACAAGUGUUGUAAAGUGCCAAGCGAACACAGCUUCAUAUAAUGUAGUGCUGUAAAUGGCCUGACGUGUGUAGCAGCAGUUAGUCCAGUGUUGUACGGCAACGUGCGAAUGUAGCAGCAAAUCAAGUUCGUUAAAUUAGCCCAAGCAAAUUUCUAUGCCCGAAAGUCUUGAAGAUCUUUGAGCAUGACUGAGAAACAGCCGCUGAUCGAAUGCAUUGAGGAGAAUGCAAAGGAACCCUCCCCGCUGCCAGUAACAUGGAAGUCCGUACUCAACUGUAUCUAUCGCCGUAUAUCGCUGCGGCGCAAUCAGUUUAUCGUUGUAGUUCUGUAUACCAUAUUCACCAUGCUGAUUGCCGGAUUCUAUAUCGUAAGCUUUUAUCUAAGGGGCGUUACUAAAUCAACGCAUGUGGAUAUUGUGCCAGUGUAUCGGGAGUCGAAUGUUUUGGGAAUGGAAGCCCACGGACUGACUCCACGCCCACCAACAACGCAAAUGCUUUUGUUAACCAACGAACCGAUGAUUGAUCAGACAACCCUUUCGUCGCAAGGUUACCUCGUGUACAGCAAUCACUGUCGGAUUAUGGAUCUAGAUCCGUACAAGCACGAGGUGAUGCGCCAUUUUAAACCUAUAAAUCACAUGCCCUGCAAGUCGGUGCCGCCGCUGACCCAGGUGCGCUACGACGCCAACGCCCAGCGCUAUGUGCUGAACAUUGAUGCCAGUGCGUUCCCCAGCUACCAGGUGGGCAACAUGCUCAGCUGCUGCUACAUGGACGUGCAGCGUGUCAAUGAGGAUGAGUUCAAGUUGACGCCAUGCCACACAUUUAGCAGCAGAGCUCAGCUGUCGAACACAACGGACAGCAUCAUUGUCUCCUGUAAAACGGAUACGAAACAAAUCUACAUCAACGGACAUCCAACCGUAGCGGAGCGCGUGGCCGUGCGAGAACGCCUGGAGCACUGGACGCACAAGGAUCGGGGCCGGCGUGUGCCCAGCGUACUGAUGAUAGGCAUCGAUAGCAUCUCGCGGGUGCAUCUCAUACGUGCGAUGCCCAAGACCGCACAGUAUUUGUACGACGAGGAUUGGUUUGAACUGGCGGGCUAUAACAAGAUAGAUGAUAAUACAUUUCCCAACCUAAUGGCCGUCUUGACAGGUCACAAUUACACAAGUGCUUUGAAAUAUUGUAAUCCCUACGAAAAGCAUGGCUUGGAUAGAUGUCAAUUUAUAUGGAAGCGGUUUAUGCAGCACGGCUAUGUGAGCGCCUACGGCGAGGAUGCGGUUAAGAUCAACACAUUUAACUUCUUAAAAAAGGGUUUCCAGCAGCCGCCCGUGGAUUACUACUUGCGUCCGUAUUUGUCUGCCGCGGAGAAGCUACUCGGCGGCGACACAAAGCUGGGCCUGCCCCAUUGCCUGGGCUUUGAGACAGCGGCGAAGCAUGUGUACAACUAUGCGCAGGAGUUUGCCAAACGUUAUCGCAACGACAGUUUCUUUGGCUUCUUCUGGACGAACACGCACAGCCACAGCGAAAUAUCGCAGACCACUUUCAUGGAUGAGUAUUUAAGAGAGUAUCUGCAGCGUCUGGUGGCGCAGGGCACAAUGGAGCACAGCGUUGUGGUGUUUUUCAGCGACCAUGGCCUGCGCUUCGGACCGACGCGUGACACCUGGUCGGGUUACUUGGAGGAGCGGCUGCCUGUCCUAUUUAUCUGGCUGCCGCCAUUUUUGCGACAGACGCAUCCGGAGUUUGUGGAAGCCCUGCGCCAGAAUCGCAAUCGUCUGACCACGCCCUACGAUCUGCACAUGACACUUAAGCACAUACUCGCACUUUCGGGUCGCUCCGGCAGUCUAGAGUCGCUGGGCGGCGCCAAGGAUUGCCCGCACUGCCAGAGUCUGUUGUUGCCGGUGCCGCUUAAUCGCAGUUGCGAAGAUGUGGCCAUUGAGGAUCACUGGUGCACAUGUUGGCAAUAUAAAGAGUUUCACCUGAGCAAAUUAGUAAUGCGGCUGGCGCAUCAUGCGGUGCAGCACAUAAAUAAUUAUGUAGCCACUUUUCGCAAUGGCAGUCUGUCCCAUCUGUGUGUGCCGCUAGAGCUGUUCGAAGUCAGAAAGGUUUAUAAGGCCGAACUCGACCUCAAGCAUAUGGACAUAUAUAUGCUAAACAUAUUUACGUUGCCCAACAGGGCGCUGUAUGAGGCAACGUUGCGCUACAACAGAAACCUGCCAAACGCGAAAAGCGUGCAGUUGUCCGGCUCCGUCAGUCGUAUUAAUUCGUACAUUGCCGAGGGAAAUUGUCUCGGCGAGGGGCCACUUAAAAAAUAUUGCCAUUGCCGUCCCAAAGACAACAACAAUAAAACGUAUUAAACAAAAGCGGAUCACAACUUCCAUAAGAACUACAAAAGAAUGAACAUUGUUCAAUACAUUCAGCCCAAAACUCAUUAAACACAUUAAUUAUUUA